AUGAAGUCCACACUUGUUUUUGCCUGCUGCCUUUUGGCUUUCGCUCACGCCAACGAGAACGCCAAUGUACUACGCCAUGAGGCUGAGGUCAAUGUGAAUGACUUCAAGUAUGCGUUGGAGCUGGACAACUCCGUGAACAUUCAGCAACAGGGUCAACUAAAACCCAGUGAACGCGAGCCCAACGAGCAGUGGGUAGUGGAGGGUCAACAUUCGUGGACUUCACCGGAGGGCGAGCCUGUUGCCAUCCAAUACCUCGCAAACGAAAACGGUUACCAAGUUCUGUCCGCUAACCCACCACUGCCAACCCCACCACCAAUUCCUGAGGCCAUUCAGCGAGCCUUGGACUACAUUGCCGCUCAUCCUCCACCAACGGCUACCGCUAGCUUCUAA